CAUAUCACACACCCCACAAACACAAACACUCACACACUCUCUCACACAACAACACCCAAAGGUGAGACAAUGAAGCACACCUUCCGUUGUACUGUUUCUUUCCUCUUCUUUCUCUCCCUCACUUCUGCUCGUUUCUUGCACACCAAACCAGGUGAAAACAUGAUGAAAAAACUUGAUGAACCCAUCAACACUAGUGGCAGUGAAAACCCUCUUGUUGAUUUUCACUCCUUCAAUGAGGAUAUGGGGUUGGAAGAGUGUGGAAGUGGAGAUGAAGAGUGUUUAAAGAGAAGAGUUCUUGCAGUUGCAGAUGCUCAUUUGGACUAUAUUUACACCCAGCACCAUAAACCUUGAAAUAAGUCAUGUUUCACCCUCCAUCUUUAUAGCUUGUUAAUUGUCGAUGUAACAUAGGGUUAAUGUCACUAAAUAACAAGGUACUUAGAUUUAUUGGUGGUCCACUUCUAUAGUUAAUUAUUUAUGUUCUCAAACCAUAAUAUACUGUUUGUUUUUCUUAGUUUAAUUUGUAGACAAGCAACAAGUAUGAUCUAUGUUUCAACUAUGUGAACACUAAUUAGUCUCUAUAUAUAUCGAGUAACUCUUGAAUA